CUAAGCAAAAUCCUUGGCAAAAGAAGAAGCAUAGAAGCACAGAGCGACACACACAGGGAGAGAGAACAUUAAAAAACAGAGAGAAAGGGACAAAGAGGACAAAGAUCAAAUGUGAGUCACAUGAUUGCAACCAGGAAAUGGAGAAGUGAUAUCAGUCCAGUUGUUUCCUCAAGCUUUACAGCAGAGCAGAAGCAAGGUUUUAGUGAAGCAGCGUAUCUAUAAUGAUAAGAGACCAAGCAGAUCAUCUUUUCUUCAGGAACUCGACAGAUCAGGAGUGUCAGAAUGGAAUAUCUGUGGACCUGUUUCUGCACUUUUCCCUCAUACCAGCAGUUUUCAUCACUGGGGUGCUCUCAUUCCUCCAAAAAAGAGCCAAGAUACUGGGCAUCGACCACAAACUGCCCUUCCUGAAGAGACGUUUUGCCAUUGUGGUGCCUUUGGAUACUAUUGGCAGCAUCAGUAAUCGUUGGUCCUAUGGAUUUGCAUUUGGUGCUGUGUCCUCCUCCGUCUUGCUGCUCUUCUCUGAAAAUUACAAGCUUUUUGAUGUCCCGCCCUGGGCCACAGCAAUACUGUAUCUGAUUGGUGCUCUGGAGGUGGGCCUGGUCUAUUUCCCUUUCUUUGCCUGCCUGUCCACUCCUUUCAGAACAACUGGGGCAGUACUGGGGAUACUCUACUCUCUGUCCUGGAUCAUUGUUACAGUGUGGGAUGUAGUCACCUGUCCCAGUGGUAAGAUUCUGGGUUCAUACGAGAAGAUUGUUUCCCAGUGGCCCCGCAUCCUCUCCCUCAUCUUCCUCUUUGGACGAUUUGUCUACAUGCUGGUUAAAGCUGUUCGAAUACGUCUGCAACUGGAACAGGAGGACAAUGAAGAACUGAUUGGGGAACACCAGGUGCAGCAUGUUAAGAGCCUGCUUAGGAAAACACCUGUACACAGUAAGCCCCUGAGCUGGUUCCAGAGAAAGGUGUAUGAGUGGGACCCCAACUUCAAGUUCCCCAACAGGAUCAUUGGCACUUCCAUUAUAACACUUAUAGGCCUGUAUACGAUGACCCUGGCAGACUACAGUCUCAGUAAUGUGGCUUUUGACCGAUUAGAGAGUUGGAAGAAUACAUUAAAUCAUCUGGUUAUUUCUUGUAACCAGACUGGAGCUCUGGGACCCAUGAUACCACAGCUGGAAGAAUUCAUCUAUGUGGCUAGGAGGGCUUGGCUAGCUACCACCAUCUUUGCUAGUCUCAACUCUGUGGGUUACACUUUCCAUGUCUUGGCAUGUUACAGAAAACACAUGAAGAGACUGUGGAGAGGGCAGAAGGGUUUUCUUCCUGAGAAGUUUCACAACCCGAGAUCUGCUCUCAGUGUGGCUUCCAUCACAAGAUACUCUGGCUGGCAAAUAGCAUUUACACUGUGGGGCUACCUGAUUGUCCAUUUUGUCCACUUCCUGUUUGCUCUGUUGUUUGUCUAUUUGCUGGUUCUUCCCAUACAGCAUGGCAGAAUAGUGAGCAUGCUCACCAACAUUGGAAUCAUACUUCUGACCAUCAGCCUGGUGAUCUCCUUGGUGGUUCUUCAGGUCGUUCUGGUUCAGAUCUUCUUCCUUCAGGAAAAAAUGUCUCCCACUGAUAAAGAAAAACCUCUGGCUCUCAACAAUACGAAGGCGUUCCACUGCUUCAAUUACUUCUUCUUUUUCUACAAUGUGGUGAUGGGAAUCGGCAACUGCAUAUUGAGGUUGCUAUGCAGUAUGGUGGUGGGGACAUGGCUGGUGUCUCGCAUAGACCGGACCAUUAUGCAGAGAGGAUAUGAAUCCAUGGACGCCGGGUACAGCACUUGGGUUGGGAUGAUCUUUGCUGACCACUAUCAUAACAAUCCAGUCAUGGUGUGUUUCUGCCAGCUGCUGGUCUCCAAGAAGUUUGAGAGACAGACUGCGUCUGCAUACUCCUCAUUCGACAACACGCCAUCUGAAUCCUCUGUGAAUAGCCAGGCCAGAAGGCGUUGGAUGUUGUUUUAUACCUUACUGAGGAACCCUCAUCUGAUCCUGCUCAGAAAGCACCACCUCUCCUCAUCUUCAUCACUACAGACACCAUCAUCAUCAUCUUCCCAGUCUGUGUUGCAGGCUUGUAGCGUCAUGGCAUCUCAAACACAGAGCCGCCAAGCAGCUUCAAAGCCACUACCAGUGAUUGAAGUCAUACCAACUGACUGUUAGAAACUGUGGGAGGGACUGUGUUUUUCUUAAUUAAUCUUCACGUCCUAAGAGUCUUUUUCAAAGGCUGUCAUUUAAAAGAAGUUCAGUAAAGUCAGUGCAGCUACAGUCCUUUUGUCCUAAGUGUAACCUGCUUUAUUGGUGAAUCAUCUGUAUUCUUCUGGACAUUUUUUUCUUUUCAAUUUUACUUUUUUUAAUUACAAUAAUGUGAGCUACAGUUAAUCUGCUUGUCAUUCUAGGUUUGUGUUAUGAAAUGUUACUGGUUACAAAUGUUUAUAAAUACAUGUAUAUUUUCAAUAAACAUUUGGUGACACCCCAUGGUGAUUCAAUGUAUGCCUAUAGGCUAUUCUAAUUAGUAUGUAAGUGUGGCAGCUUAACUUUGAAGGUUCAAAUUUCGGUCACCGUCUAAAAUGUGAUACAUUUGUCUCGUUAAAGGUUUAAUUGAUAAAUCUGACGCUCACAUAAUACAGAAAUGUUUAAUUCAGACAAAAAUAAAAUAACAACUAAGAGGCAGUUACCUUUUGAACCUGUGGGUGUGAACUGAACGUGCGCGACUGCGUGUGAUUUCGAACACAGCGAAAGAAGAGUCUCUCUGCUACAAGCUGGUAAGGUGAAUA